GCUACUUUGACGGCUUCAGAUCCAAGGAGAGAAAUAUGUUCCGCUGACGGAGAGGACGGACUUUACUCCAGAAGGACGCAGUCCUACAAACAUCCACCGCGGGUUUGAUUCCGGACGAACGCACGUGAAGCAGCAACCGGAAAGACUUUGUUUCCGGUCGGGACAGUGAGCUGUUAUUGGUGGAUCAUCGGCUGGGACGGGCUGGAAUGGCUCGGCCGAGGAAGAAAACCUCCGCUGGGUGUUUGGUGUGAGGCUCUGAGGGAGGAGCGGACUGGGAGGAACAUUACAAACUGCAGAUAAGAGGAAGAGAUUGAGGAAGAGGAGGACAGAGCUUUUAGAAAAGAAGAGGAAGAAGAUGGGAGGAAGAGUGGAUCUGCUGGAGGUCUGCUGCCUGCUGCUGCUGCUCAGCGGAAACUAUUACUGCAGAGGUGAGGAAGACUCUCAGCAGACUGAACACCUGUCCUCGUACCAGCUGACCGUCCCCCGGCCAAUAGGAGGCAGGCUGAGGAGGGAGGUGGACGGACAACUACCUAAUCAGGUGUCUUACAUCAUCACCGUGGAUGGAAACGAUCACAUCGUUCAUCUAGAAAGAAACCAGUUGCUGCUGCCUGCAGAUUUCACCGUUUUCACCUACAGUCAGAAUGGAUCCCUGAUCACGUCCCGACCACCUGUCCAGGACCACUGUCAGUAUCGGGGCUUCGUUCAGGACAUGGGAGGCUCGGCUGUGGCUAUGAGCAUCUGCAACGGCCUCAGAGGAGUGUUGCAUCUCGCUCACGACAGCUACGGGAUUGAACCGUUAGACUCCGCCCCUGACCAGCAUCUGGUGUACCGCCUACAGGAUGUGACAUCACAGCCCCGGGGAUGUGGAAUGCCUCACCAUGACCGUGAUCCCAGCAACACCACGGAGCAUGCUCAGUACGAACCAGAGGAAAUCCACCACAGACCCCACAGCAGGAUGAAGCGAGCUGUUCUCCAUAAGACCCACUACGUGGAGCUGCUGCUGGUGGUGGACAACGACAGGUUUAACUACAUGAACAGGAACGAGACGGCGGUGAGGGAGGAGAUGGUCCAGCUGGCCAACUUUGUCGACAGCAUCUACAUGCAGCUCAACAUUCGGAUGGUCCUGGUCGGUCUGGAGAUCUGGACUCAGCAGAACCUGAUCAGCACAGAUGGAGCAGCUGGAGAAGUGCUGAGUCGCUUCACGCAGUGGAGGGAGAAGGAGCUGGUUCCCCGCCGCCGGCAUGACUCAGCACAACUCAUCCUGAAGAAGGCGUUUGGGGGAACAGCAGGAAUGGCGUUUGUCUCCACCGUCUGCUCCAGAAGUCAUGGAGGAGGAAUCAACUCGUACACCAACAACAACAUCCUCUCCUUCUCCUCCAUCGUGGCUCAUGAACUGGGACACAACCUGGGGAUGAACCACGACGACGGGCGCGCCUGCACCUGCCCCACCGCCGCCUGCAUCAUGAACUCUGGAGCCACAGGAUCCAGAAACUUCAGCAGCUGCAGCGCCGACGACUUUGAGAAGAUGAUCUUGUUGACGGGAGGGUCGUGUCUCCUGAACGUCCCUCGGCCUGACGAGGCCUACAGCGCCCCCUACUGUGGAAACCGGCUGGUGGACGUCGGAGAGGAGUGUGACUGCGGAUCAGAGAAGGAGUGUGAGGCGGACCCCUGCUGUGACUAUAAGACCUGCAAACUGAAGUCUGGAGCUCAGUGUGCGUAUGGAGAGUGCUGCUACAACUGCCAGUAUCUCCCAGGAGGAACCGAGUGUCGGGCCAGUAAAGACGAGUGCGAUCUACCAGAGUUCUGCAACGGCUCCUCAUCCCUCUGUCAGAGUGACGUCUUUAUCCAGAACGGCCAGCCCUGCAGGAACCAGCUGGCCUACUGUUAUAACGGGAAGUGUCAGCUCCACGAUGGACAGUGUCGGGCUAUAUUUGGAUCCAAGGCGAAGGCAGCUCCUGAAAUCUGUUUCAAAGAAGUCAACAGUAAAGGAGAUCGCUUUGGAAACUGUGGCUACACCACCUAUGGCUACAAGAAGUGUGAGAGCAGAAACGCUUUGUGCGGGAAGCUGCAGUGCUCUAACGUUCAGACGGUGACGGUCUUUGGCAUUGAACCGUCCAUCAUUAGCACGCCGAUCGGCGGGGCCAAAUGUUACGGGGUGGAUUUCAUGCUGGGCACGGACGUCCCCGACCCGGGGAUGGUAAACGAAGGGACUAAAUGUGGAGACAACAAGGUGUGUAUAAACUUCGAGUGUCGCAGUGCUGACGUUCUCGGCUACGACUGUGAUGUGGAGAAGAAAUGUUAUGGACACGGGGUGUGCAACAGUAACAAGAACUGUCACUGUGAGGAUGGCUGGGCUCCGCCUUUCUGCCAGUCCUCAGGUUACGGAGGCAGCGUGGACAGCGGACCCACCUGGAAUGAUAAGGACACGUCUCUCAGGGAUGGCCUUCUCGUCUUCUUCUUCCUUGUUCUUCCUCUGCUUGCGUUGGGUGCGUUUGUUUUCCUGCACAGGAACGAGCUGCUGCGACGGUUUGGACUGAGCUGGAGGAAGAGGUCACAGGGAUACCAGGCUGAUAGUACAGCUUCAGCCAAUCCGAGCAGAAGACCACCUCCAAGAGCACAGCCUCCUGUUGUUGCCCAGGACAACGAGAAAAGAAUUAAUAAAGAUGGGCUUGUGUUUCCUCCACAUGUGAAGCAUCGCGCUCAGCUGCUGCCACCAUCUGAGGUGGUGGAGACCAGCAGGACAGCCCCCACCUUCGCUGCUCGGCCUCCUCCUCCUCCUCUAAAACCUAAACCUUCUCCUGCAUCGCAGCCUCUGGUGCCUCAAAGACCCGCCCCGCCUCCACCUGUUUAACCAAUCAGGAGUUUCCUAAUCACACCUGGAUGACAGCACUUCUCCUCUUCACCUUUAAGCUCAGGCUCCUCCCACUCAGAGCCACUGCGAACUGGACCGGAACACCGGUAAUGUGAAAUGAACAGGAACACAGCGGGACUGAACCGAAGCAGCUGCUCUGUGUUUUCCUCUGACCGAGACCCAUCAGGUGAUUUACCUGUUAAACAACCAGCCAAUCAGAACACAGAGACAUUCACUUAUACUUUUAACUAUGCUAGUUGGUUAGCAUGCUAGGUAGUUAACAUCUAUUUUUCCAAUUUUGAGAACAUCAAGGAAGAGCAGAAAUUCUUGUAUUUUAAGAGAUGCAGAACACUGCUUUACUCUAUAUAUCUUUAUUUUGGGAUUUUACCGGAGCGAAUUUGCAUUAUAUUCAAUUUUUUUAUACCCGUAUUUACCAUCUACCAGUACUUUUCUCAGCUUUAACGUUCAUCCUGUUCCUAUCUCCUUAGGAUCCACCUCCCUGAAAGCCCACUUUCUUCUGAUUGGCUGAUGUAUUGAGGGGCAGUAACCAGUAUUCAUGAGCUGGCUGUAAACAGAAUCUGAUGCAAAGUUUCCAAAAAAUCUGAAAUUUUUCAUAGAAUUCUUUCAACCUUUGUUAGCGCUGAACUAACAUUUACUCAUCUUUUAUUAGAGAAAAGUCCAUUUUAACUGAUAGCUACGUAUAAUAAAUGUGAUAUUUUUAUUAGACUUUUCUUAAAGAGAUUAAAAUUAUAAAAGAAAUGUAACAAAAAACCUCCACAGACUCGGAUUAGAAAGUUGUCUGUAAUUCCAGUUUUAUAGGUCGUUUCCCUUGAAGGCUUCCAGUGACGGACCAAUUAGAAGAAAGUGGGCUUUUUAGGGCGGAGCUCUUAAAGAGACAGGAGUUUCAGUUUCAGAGGAUGAACUGAAGGAUCACGGUAAGGACCAGUUUGAAGAAAGUUAUUCUGCUGGUUUCCCAGAAUAAAAAUAUCCACCUGUGAUCUGAUUGGUUGACCGAAAUUCUUGUCUUACCGACAGGUCAUAAGAAACACAGAGCAGUCUAAGAAACAGCUAGUUAAACACACCUCCCCACAUAUGAAUCAUACACACUCAUCCCUACCGGUGUAAAAGGAAGCGCAACUCUUCUCCCACUCUGAUUGGCUGGUUAGCUCUUGCAGAGGGCGGGGCUUGCAUUUUUAUGUCCCUGAUUGAAAGCACUGGUGUCAUCUGACUGCACCGCCCCUCUGCUCAGGGCUGUCAUAGGAAUGUAACGCACCCCCAGCUGCUGUGUGGGGGUGUUUGAUCUUCUGCUUCCAGAAUGGCAGCAGCGUCUGCGUGAAGGGCUGCCGUCCUCAGACCUGGACACGUUCAGGACGUCUGCGUGGUUUCAUCCCCGAGGACAUCUCUGGGCACUGUUUUCCGCUCCCAGCAGGGAUUUUACAUCACCAGGAAGGGGAAGUUUCUGCUUCCGUUGGCUGGUGAGCUGCAGGGUGAAGGCUGAACCUGGACCUGAAUCUGCACUGUUCUCCACGUUCUACUUGCUGUGGUGUCUUUUAAUUCGCUGUUUGGGGUGUUUUUGCACAGAAGGAUUUUUCUCUUAGAGCUAACUUUGUGCCAUUUGAUCAUUUUCAUGAACAAUCAGCAUUCGGUCCUGCAUCGUGGUCCUGGAGAUGCAACUGAGGCGUCAGGAAAGUUCUGUAGGAAUGUACAGGUGUCAUGUUGAGACUCAAACCAGCGUCGACUGUGAAACCCGACACUAACACUCCACAGCACCAAAUUUUCACUCAUAUAAAACCACAUUUAAUGUUUUAUUCUCACUCAUCAGGCUGGCAUUUAGUAGAUAAAGAACAUUUAACGUGUUGUUCAUCUGAGGUUGUAUUUACCUCAUUUCAUGACCUGAUCAGACCAGAGGAUUUCAUCUCUGUGGUUCAACCCUGGUACGUUCUUUUUCACAUGACUGUAAAUGCUUUUUACUUCAGAUGGAGGGAACAAACAUCCUUCAAAGACAAGUUUAACAACAUCUUUGUAUGGUUAAGAAUUUUUUAUUUGUGGGAACGAGUGGUGCUGACGUCGAGAUGAGUAAAAAGGUAACAAGCUGCUGGUUUGAGUCCAUGCAUGAGAUUUUUAGAAAUGUAUACAAGAAAACAGGUUGGUCCUUUCAGAUGUAGGUUCUGAUCCAAGUUUAUGCAUCUACAUGGAUUUAGGAGCAGUCGCCCAGAAACCCACAGGUGGACUGAAGAUCACAAGCCCGAUUCCUCCUGAGCUGAACAGAGUCCAUGUUCAGGGUUUUAUUUGAUCCACUUUCACAUUAUUUACUCAAAAACUAAUUCUAAGAAAUGACAACGUAAUAAACAGAUUAAGAUAUGAAGCAGAGAAUGAAGUGGCUGGAUGAUAGUAUUUAAAUUUUCUGUAAGGAAAUUUACGUAAAAGUGCUGCAGUAUUUCAUGCUGCCUCUUCCAGUAACGCAUUUGGCUGCCUGUGAUCUAAGGAUUAGUGGGUAGCCUGUGAGGUUCAACUCGGGGCAAAGGAACCUGUGUAAAAUGAAAGCAUUCAAACUGUAUGAGAUCGCUAUGGCAACAAAGUCUCAUCACCCUCUUUGUUACAAAAAAUGAUUUUAUAUAGGAUGUUUUGUUUUUUCAAGGUGAAACUGUAUGUGUGUUCUGAAGAUUUCAUGUGUUUUUGUUUCAUUAUUUACCGUUUGUGUCAUUACAAAAGCACCUGAUGUUUAUGAUUUCAGAAAUUCAAUUGAACAAAUCUCUGAAAUGAAAAUAAGGACAUAAAAGGCUUCUGGUGUGCUGCACAUGAACAGUUUCAGGUUAUUAUGGCAACAGUAAAGAUGCACGGCCCAAUCGUAUGCUGCAUUCAGGUGCUGCCUGCUAUAAAAACCAUGCCUGGAAGACCAAAACAUGGCCUUUCAGCAUCACAUGAUAAUUUAAUAAAGUUUAUUCAAACUCACUGUGUUUGUGUUAGAUAAUAAAGAUGAACAGAAUCUA